AUGGGCGCUAAGCGCGGCUCUCCACUCUCUGACUCUGCCAAGAGACUGGAACUGGAAGAGGUGCUGCUCGUUGAUGAGGUGGAGGAUGAGGAUGUGCUCGAGAUCGUAGACGAGCUCACCGUGCGUGUUGUUGAGGUGGUGGUCGAGGUCACAGAUGAUGCGGUCGAAGUUGUGCGUGUACUAGAUGUGAUAGUGGCACUUGUCAAAGUGGUUGUGGAAGUGUCUGUCGCAGUGGUGGAUGUCGUCAGCGUAACGUUGAAGUUUGUGGAACUCGUUGACGACAGUGAAGUCGAGGACAGCGUCGUGGACACAGUUGUUGUGGACGAAGUGACGGACACAGUAGCAGAAGUCGACGUGCUUGAUGUCCUAGUCUCCGAUGUCGUGGUGUCUGUGGAGGUGGUGUCUGUUGAGGAAGACAUGGUCGAAGUUGAGGAUGUUGACGUCGUCGACAGCGUCGUUGACGACGACCCCGUUUGCGUCGUUGUGGACGAGGAAGUGUACGUGGUGGAGGUGCUGCUGGAGGUAGAUGUAAAUGAUCUUGUGGAGCUCGUGGAAGAGGAACGGGUGACCGACGUGCUUGUAGUGGAUGAAAGUGUUUCCGAGGAGCUGCUAGUGACGGAAGUUGUGCGGCUCGUGAUGGAAGACGUGCUGCUUGUAGUGGAAGAUGCAGUGCUUGAAGUGGAUGUCCAGGACGACGAGGUGCUCGUCGAUGACAAAGUACUUGUAGACGAAGCACUACUUGUGGUGGUGGUCGUGGUUAUGGUCGAGCUCGUCGUUGCCGUCUCAGUUGUGGUUGUCGAAUCUGUAGUGGUGCUUGUCCAGGUUGUAGUAGUUUCGUUUGUCAAGUUCGUGAGGGUGGUCGUUGAAAUUGAGAUUGAGGUGGUGGUUGAGGUGGACGACUCGCUGCUAGAGCUCGACGACGUGCUCGUCUGCGUUUGA